ACAUUGCGUGUGCGGAAUCCUUUUAAAGGGCAGAGAUGGCAUAGCCCAGAAGCAAGGGGCAGGCCCUCUGGAGCCAGCCCUGGGGCUCAACGUCCCUGUUCUCUGGGGCAUGGCGUCCCCCAAGAUCGAGGCUGUCAUCAGGGAGCGGUACCGGAUGGGCGAGUGUCCUGUGUGGGAAGAGGAGACGGGGCAGCUGGUGUAUGUGGACAUCAACGCCGGGAACGUGUGCCAGUGGAGCCCGCUCACCGGGGAGGUGCAGACCGUGGGCCUGCGAAACCGCGUCGGCUCCGUGGCCCUGUGCCGGAAGGGGACCUACGUGGUGGCCGUGGGCACCUGCCUUGGCUUCCUGGACUGGGGGACGCAGCAGGUGCGGUGGGUGGCCCAGCUGGACAGGGACAAGCCCCGUAACAGGUUCAACGACGGAAAGGUGGACCCCGCUGGGAGGUUUGUGGCAGGCACCAUGCCGGAGGCGUCGGCCCCGGGCGUGUGGGAGCGCGGGCAGGGCUCGCUGUACACGCUCCAGGCUGACGGCUCCGUGGUCCGACGCCUGGACGGGCUGGGCAUCCCCAACGGGCUGGACUGGUCCCUGGACCACGGAACCUUCUACCACGUGGACAGCCUGGAGCACUGCGUGAGGGCGUACGACUACGACCUGCACAGCGGCGGGAUCGCAAACCCGAGGCUGCUGUUCCAGCUGCCAGCAGAGCAGGGCAUGCCAGACGGGCUGUGUGUGGACGCGGCGGGCAAGCUCUGGGUGGCCUGCAUCGACGGCGGCAGGGUGAUCCGUCUGGACCCUGAGACAGGGACGCUUCUGAGCACGGUGGAGAUGCCUGUGUCCAGAGUCACCUCCUGCUGCUUCGGGGGGCCGAGCUACACGGAGCUGUACGUGACGUCCGCCGCGGAUGGCCUGGGCCCGGAGCAGCUGCCGCAGGAGCCGCAGGCCGGACACGUCUUCAAGGUCACGGGCCUGGGGGUGAGAGGAGUCGCCCCCCACUGCUUCGCCGGCUGAGCCGAGACCCCCUGCCAGCCGUCGCCCCCGUCUGGAGGGGCAGGGCGGCGUCGGGGGGCGCGCCGGGCAAGCGGCAGCUCACAGCCCCUCAAUAAACGUGGCCGAUGCUCA